AAACACCGGCAGGGAAAUCGCAUGGAUUGAUUAUCGUGCACCAUCGUUUUCGAAAAGCUCAUUUUUCAGAAUAAAAUGCUUUCAGUCCACACUGAAACGAAAAGACGGCGUUGUCAAAUUCCUUCGGCUUAAAGAGCGUUUUCGAAAAGCUCUGUUUUCGGUCCGGAUUAGUGUGGACAGUAGGGCUAACCGUAGAAAUGCUAGUAAACCUGCGUUUUCAAAUUUCUCCGUCGUACAGUGUAUCUUUGAGCGUGUAUGCCGAAGCAGAAAGCGCGAGUAUACCCGCGAGAACGUGACUAUCACGCGUUUUUGCUGAGCUGCCUGGCCUUGUAGUCCUUCGUUCUGGCUGAGCUGUCAUCUUCUCGAAGAAGAAACUGCACAAAAUGAGUGUGCGUUCGUUACUCGUCGUUUUUCUCUUGAUCAACCAGAACAUCGCUCUGGAGACUGAAAUAGGCGAGAGCGAGACUCCGUUUCGAAUGAACAAGCUCAAUAUGAUAUGGAAGAAGGCGCAAAACAAAAUGUCCGAGCAAAAGUUGAGUGACUUUCGACGCCUGCUCGAACUGCAAGACCGUGCGGAAAUUAGGUGGAAAGACCUGAAAGCUAAAGGUGGAGACCAGGACGGUGAAAUGGAAGCAAUGAUCAGGCAAAAGUUUGCGCGAAUACUGGAACAGUUUGGCCUUGAAAAGCAUCUUGACGCCACGGACCGUGGUGUAAACGAAAUCAACGACAACAAAGCCGGCAAUGGAAUGUUUGGCGAUAGACGGUUGAGUGAGCUUUGGGAGUCCGUGGAAAAACAAGGCAAAUUCAGCAAGGAGGAACUUGAUGAUCUCCGAACUGAAUUUACCCACCACAAAGACAAAGUAAAAGAAUACAACCGUCUUCUAAGGGUGCUAACAGACCAUGAUGACAUCUCAGAAAACUCUGUUUUCUCCCGAAGUGAGAUUAAAGAGAAAGAACUUGAGAAGUUACGGAACAAACUUCAGGAUACUCACGAGUCCCUGAGUAGAAACUACGCCCGACUGAAAGAAAAGACAACUGGGGAGAAGGAGGGUACAAGUUUAUUCCGUGAUCGUCGCGUGACAGAGUUGUGGCAGAAAGCUCAGAAUGGAAAGUUCAGUGACGAGGAACUUGAAUCCAUCAAGCAAGAGCUGUUCCACUUUGAUCACAAGAUACUGAAACACAAACAGUUUCAAGAGGAAGCUGAGCAUUCUCAUCGCCUUCUUAAAGAUGGCCAUCACCAUCUGAAGGAGAAACAUGAAACACUACUAAAAAAGGCACAAGAACAUGGAAAAUGGGUGAAGAAAAUGCAUUCAACUUUGAUGGACAAAGUGACAAAGAGUGAGCUGUAAGCUACAGACAGUUGCACAGGUCGUGCUAACGACGUUUCCGUAGGCCAGCUGUAAAAAGACAGGCAUUGAAUGUAGCUAGCUAGUUAUAAGUUUAUAAAAUGCAAUUUGUAAUGAAAUUCACAGCCUAAUGCAACUUAGCAAAAGUCCAAGACAAGGACCAAAGGAUCCAUCUUGUAAAAAAUAUUCUGCUUUUAACAAACUAAGGCACUUGAUACUUUAGGUACAAGUAACAAUACCUUAUCAUGCAGUUGCUCAUGUACAUGUAUUUAAUGCAACUCAGUGCACAACUAAGACUUGUGUCUGAGGAUGUUGUAAGCAAACAGUUGACAAUGGAAACUGACACAUUGAGUAGUUACAUUGUAAUCACAUUAUUAUACACUAUUUAAAUAAAUGCAUAUUGCAUGUUAUUUAAUGCUAUUUAGUGCACUCAUAAGACAUAUAUAAGACAUACACGUACGGCUGCAAGCAAACUGGAAACAACUCAGUAUGGUUAUGAGUGAGAAAGAUCAACCUCAUUCCCAGGGCCUUUUUCCUUUGGCCAAGCCAGGGAAAAGGCCCUGGGGAUGGGGUUGGAGAAAGAUGAUGACUUAUUGGGGCCAACUUUCGUUUAGACGCACUGUCUGCAGCAAAACUCCUUCAAGAGUCAGUAACUUAAUCAUCAACUUGUUGUGCCUUUAUGGAGUCAUUUAAAACCUUUGGAGUCAGUGAAUACUGCUCAUGUAAUACAGUAUAGUUUGUAGCACAUGACUAUGCCUAAUGUUUAGUGUUUGGUUACAGUGUAACUACCCUUGUGUGACACUUUGUCCAGACAUGUGUAACAGUUGUGUUUGGGGGGCAGGGGGGGGGGGGGAAGUCUGCAUCACACUAAGUGUGCUACAUACUGCCAGAGCUUAUUGCAGUUCCCUUGGAUGGGAUGCCAGAUCAUCGGAGGCUAACCCCCCUGCAUUAAAUUUGCUGAUACCCAUCUAUACACCUGGGUGGAGAGAGGCACUGUGAGAGUAAAGUGUCUUGCUUAAGAAGACACAACAAUGACCCCAGUGCGGGCUCAAAUCUGGACCACUUGAUCUAGAGAAUAGCACAUUAACCAUAACCACCACAUCUCAACAAUGUUUUUAGGUGUGACUCAAUAAUGUAUCUCACAUGUAUCUGUAAGUGGCCGAGUGACAAUUCUGCAGUAGUCAGCUAACGAUGAGUAUUAUAACACUUGAUUUUUGGUACAUUUUUGUGGUGACCAUAGAAAGAGGGCUCUUCAUAUGAACAAGAGUAUUUAUUAUUUUACACUGUUAAACUGGUCUUGGACACAAUCAAGAGCCUUCAAUAUGGUCACCAAAUAAUGUACAAAAUAUCUCAUCAUGGUUUAAGUGACCUCACUUCAAAAACUUGUCUGUAAAAGUAAAAAACCAAAUUGCACCAAAGUAUGUAUUUAUUCUUUGACAAUACCUUUUUAUUGUAUCACAACAGAAUAAUAAUUUUUCACGACUUCUUAAAAUAUGUCAUACAUUUUGUACCCCCAAAAUUAAUAAUCAAGCUACA